AUGGAUAACGCUUCACCCGAUCCAUCGAAAGGUGCGGGGCUGCUGAUAGACGCUAGUGGGACGGGUGGGAAGGAGGUGUACGAGUACACCCCUGACCCAGGUUCCCUAUUUAUUCACGACGGCUCGUCUCAAGAGGGAUUUGACAGAGAUGCGUAUCGGCUAACUAGAGGUGUGAAAGAAAUCGACGACUCGGAGGUCAGCCCGAGUACUGCCUACGAGUUUUUCAGGGGGAAAACGUACAAGAGCACUGCCUUCCGCAAUGGCUUCUCCCCGCGUCGGGGGUGGGGCCCAACGGACUCGGGCCCGUUGGAGGUGCGGGGCCAACGGAUGCUACACGCUGCCCCUAAGAGCAGCCGCGCAGGCGAAAUGGGAUCGAUGGAUUCGGCUGUCCGAGGCCUCCCCGAAAGCUCCUUCGAAACGCCUAUAGGGAGGCUGAAACGGCUACAGGGAGAAGUGGAGGAGAUGCUGGAGUUUGUUUCUUCUUUCCUUGUGGAGGAGAGAGCGCCAGCUUCGGAGCGUUCUGAAGGGCAGUCUGUCGGCCAACAGGAAGCAGCUUCAGAAGGAUCGAGAGAUACGAAGCACUUGGGAACCCACCACGUGCACUACCACACCCGCCGUCUCCCACCGGCUGCUCAGGAGGCCCUUCUCUUUGGCCGUGACCCCAUAUCUCUCAUAGAAGAACUGAAGAAGCUGCGCAUGCAAGUUACGAGCGUGCUGAGCGACGAGAGGACGGAAGCGCUCGUGUCUCAAAUCGAACCUGUUACUGGCAUGCGUUCUGGAGCAGCCUUGCUGCAGGAGCAUCUCGCUGCAGCUUCUGCACAGCUGCGACGGACGCUUGCCGGUGAAGGAAGAGAGGCCUCGUCUUCCUCAAGAAGCGCUGCACCAAGAAGUGCCACGGCUUCGGUUUUAGCCACGUUGAAGAAGCCUAGCCAUACGACUGCUGAAAACAGAGAGGAGGGGGGGCAAGCAGGCCGCACCACUUCGUACGAGGUGUAUUGCGUGCCUUCACUGUCCCCAAUUAUGGAGCAGAGCCGCAUCACUUCCCUGGAGCGGCGACUAGCGUUUGUGGAGAACAAAAUGGGCAUCCAGAAGAUGAGUCUUCUUCCGCAUGCUGACCUCGUCGAGGCAGUUGGCGAAAUGCAAGAGCGCAUGAAACUGCUGGAUCAGCAGAAGAUCGAGAGUCUUCAAAAACGUGUCCAGGCGUUGCUGCUAGAGCUACAUGCCCUCCAGCAGCGCCGCCACGAACUAGAUAUGGCAGCGGAGGGCUUAACCGUCUCCUCCGGUGCUGGGGGGAUGGAACCAGGGAAGGGGAUUGCGAGUGGCGCAGCACCUUCGAGUGACUGGCAGCGCGUCGAGGAGCUGUACGACAUAUGCGAGAGGUGGAAGGCACCAGCAGCCCUUCUACCGUCGGUUCUGCAAAGGCUCAAGCUCCUCAAGGGCAUUCAUCAAGAAGCCGGUGGUGUGGCCGUCCGUAUAUCGGUGCUGGAGAAGCAACAGGAGGAGCUGCAGGCCUGGGUCAGACGGGCAGACGAGGCGGUCACCCAACUGCAGAAGACGGUCGUAGAUAGCGUUGGAUGGGCGCAAAAAACAGUUGCGCAGAUGCAGCAGAGGCUGGCAGCUGUGGCUGUAGAGCCGCCACCAACGGCAACCGACGUAUAA